CAAGAACCAGGUCGAGACGGAAAGAAAAUCAUAAACGGGGUGGUACACGUCCGCCCCGGCGGAGGAUUCGUGCCGAACUUCAUCCUCUUCCGCAAAGUGGAGGUGAACGGGAAUGGGACCAUCCCCCUCUACUCAUAUCUCAAAAGCGUGUGCCCGACGACGGUGAGCGCAUUCCGCGAGAAGGCCCGCCUCUUCUACGAUCCGCUAGACAGCGACGACAUCCGCUGGAACUUCGAGAAGUUCCUCGUCGACCGCGACGGGAAGCCCUACAAGCGGGUGCAUCCCCAGCAGCUGCCGGAGACGCUGUACGACGACGUCGCGAGGCUGGCGAGUAAGAGGGCCCGCCCUCAGGGAGCCCACCCUCAGGGAGUCCGCCCUCAUGGAGCUCGCCCUCAGGGAGCCCGCCCUCAGAGCAGCUCCACCGGAUUUGGCGAAUUUCGAUUGUUCGGAUCCCCGGGGCGAUUUCCGUCCAACUUCUAA